AUUAAUCAGUUUCGUCUAUUUAUUUGUUCGUGGAUCAUCAUGAUGCAGCCCCGCAGACGAAACCCUAGAUUUUCAUCCUCCGCCUCUUCGCCUUCUUCCAUCGAGCCGAAGCGAUCAUGUCGUCCAAGCAAGGUGGGAAGGCGAAGCCCCUCAAGCAGCCCAAGGCUGAGAAGAAGGAGUAUGAUGAGACUGAUCUAGUGAAUAUUCAAAAGAAGAAAGAUGAAGAGAAGGCACUCAAGGAGCUGAGAGCCAAGGCUUCCCAGAAAGGAACAUUUGGAGGCUCUGGUCUAAAAAAGAGUGGAAAGAAAUAGUGUGUUUGUGUCUAUUACGUAUUAUAAGACUUCAUUCUAAAACUUGGCCAUCUGGGACCAAGUGCAGUCACUCUAACUUGGCAAACUAUCCCACAUGCGUGUUUUAUUUGAUUAUAACGAUGAAAUGUGAAGGCGUGUGAUACUUUGACAGUGAUUUGAUCACCGCUGUUUAAACUGAAUGACUUAAAUAAAAUAGUGCAAAAGUCACAAGCUUGUUCGUGGCUUGGGACUUCAUACGA